GACGUAGACAAACGUUCUAAGCUAGACAUGAAUAAUCAACCCAUAACAUCGAUUACGUUUUCGACAAUCUGUUAACUUUUAAAGAGACAGAAACAAAGUUUAGACAUUCUGUGACAGAAAUAAGUAAAAGUACGAUCCAGCUACAGUCUGCUGUCAAAUCUUUAACAGUGAAAUUGUUUAUUUAGUCUAAGAUGCACAAUAUAGUCCUCAUAAAAACGUCUACAUGUUGGCUGUCACCGUCAGAAAGAAAAAUUACACAGGUAGUCAGAAAUUGUUUCAUGAUCAUCAUACCACUGGAGGUCUCACUGCAACUGCAGAAGGGAUGAGUCUGGGUAAAAGGAGGGGAUGACAGACUUGAGAUAAUGCAGUUAGCAAGACUUCGUAGCCUAAUAGAGCUGUAGUCAGGAGAGAGAGACUUGCCAAACCUUCAAAUCAUCCAAGCUGAUUUAUCAUAGGCCAUUAAUUAUUAGCAUUUUUUUUUACAUUUUGAGUAAAGUACAAGGUCACAAUUUGAUUGUUGCUUUAUCCUAGUUAACGUGCUUUGUAUUGAAGUCUUUCGGAAUUGGGUGGAGAUCAAACGGUGACCAUGGCCUCGGAGUCGGAGACGAAUAAACGGCUCUUGCUAGAUGUCCUGACCAGACCUGGAAACGAUGCAUGUGCGGAUUGUGGCAAUGCAGAGCCAGACUGGGCGUCGGUGACUUUGGGUGUAUUUGUGUGCCAGGGCUGCUCUCUCCUCCACAGAGGCAUCCCCCACAUCAGCAGGGUCAAGUCCGUCCAGCAGGAGUCAUGGGAGGCCUCAGAGGUGGAGCUCAUGGCUGCCAUGGGUAACGAAGCUGCCAAAGCUAAGUAUGAACAGAAGGUUCCAGCAUUCUACUACAGACCCAAACACACAGACUGCAAGCUACUGCGGGAGCAAUGGAUCCGAGCCAGGUACGAGAGGAACGAGUUUGAGUUCAUCGAGAAACAGGAGCCUUACUCUGCAGGGUACAGAGAGGGGUUUCUAUGGAAACGGGGCCGAGACAACGGUCAGUUCCUCAGUCGGAAAUUCAUCCUGUCGGAACGAGAGGGGGCGCUCAAGUACUUCAGCAAGCAGGAGUUUGUGUAUCUCCCCCAGGCGCGGGACCCCAAGGCGGUGAUGAAGAUUGAAACUCUCAACGCUACGUUCCAACCGGCUAAGAUAGGCAACCCCUACGGCCUGCAGAUCACCUACCUUAGAGACAACAGCACCAGGAACAUCUUUGUGUACCACAGCGACUCUAAGGAAAUGGUGGACUGGUUCAACGCUAUCAGAGCUGCCAGGUUUCAUUACCUUCAGGUGGCCUUCCCUGGAGCCAGUGACGAGGAGCUGGUGCCCAAACUGACACGUAGCUUCAUGAAGGAGGGCUUCAUGGAGAAAACAGGCCCAAAACACACAGAGGGCUUUAAGAAGAGGUGGUUCACCAUGGAUGACAGGAGACUCAUGUACUUCAAAGAUCCUCUGGAUGCCUAUGCGAGGGGAGAGGUUUUCAUCGGCAGUAAGGAGAACAGCUACACCGUGCUCCCGGGCCUUCCCCCUUCCACCCAGGGCUACCACUGGAACCAUGGCAUCACCAUAGUAACACCAGACAGGAAGUUCCUGUUUGCCUGCGAGACGGAGGCGGAGCAGAAAGACUGGAUCACUGCUUUCCAGAGGGUUAUCAACAGACCCAUGAGACCACAGGAGUACGCAGUGGAGGCCCACUUCAAACACAAGCCCUGAGACUGGAGCUAGAGCUGUCGGUCUACUGGACUAAGACCAGAACAGACAGGAUUUCUCUACAGAGACCCCAGAAUAAGUCUAUGGGGUUCUAGUGUACCUUUACAGAGGGAGCAAGAUGGUAGACAUGGAAGAAAUGCAUCCGAGAGGAGAGGGGUAUCAAUAGAAAACACUUUCUUCUCCACCUCUCCUGACCUGAUGCCCAAACCUGGGGUUAGAGGUCAGGGGGUUUGAGAGGAGAGAAAAGGACACAGAAACAUCAACACCCCUGCUGCUGCUCUCCACAUCGACCCUCCAGACUGCACCCCCUGCUCUAAGUGUUGUGAUCAGCAUCCCUUGUUGUAUACUAAGGAGUCAUGUUCGCCAUGUUUGUUGAGAGCAGUACUGUCAUUUUAAUUAUUGAUUUGACACUUUUGAUGCCAGUGGAUUUAUGCAAUUUCUCAGAUUGUUCUGCAUAAUCUGCACACAUUUAACUUUCAAGGUGCUGACAACCUAUGCUUCUGUACACGGUUAGGGUUUUACUCAUCAUGGCAGUUAUUUAUGUUUGAAAUGCAAAUGUAAAUAUUUUGAAUCUCAGUGAAUGCUGCUUCAUGCAACAGGAUUGUAAAAUGUAUUUAAUAUCAUACUGUAUCCAGUACCAUUCAAAUGUUUGGACACACCUACUCA